GGCACCGAGAGCGCAUGUGGUUAUAAAGACAGGUAAUCCAACCAGCAGGACGACCAGACUCUGCUCCGUCCUGCGUCUUCUGUCUGUCUCUGCUGUCAUGUCACUGGAGGAUACGUUUGCUUCGGACACCGGGAGUUUGUCGGUUCUGAACGGUACCAGACCAGAACAGCAGCUCCAUCCCAACUUCACCAUCUGGAUCCCUGGCAUCGUCAUCGCUGCCGUUUACAGCAUCAUCAUCGUCAUCGGUCUGAUAGGGAACGUGACUCUGAUGAAGACCUGCUUGUUGGUGAAGUCCAUGCGGACGGUUCCCAACGUGUUCCUGUCCAGCCUGGCUCUGGGAGACCUGCUGCUGCUGAUCACCUGCGCCCCGGUGGACGCCAGUCGGUACCUGGUGGAUCGGUGGCUGUUCGGCCGGGUGGGCUGCAAAAUGAUCCCGUUUAUCCAGCUGACCUCAGUGGGAGUGUCUGUGUUCACCCUGACUGGCCUGUCUGCUGACCGGUACAAAGCCAUCGUCAAACCACUGGACAUCCACAGGUCCAGUGUCUGUGUACGAGUGACAACCAUCUGGCUGCUGUCGCUCACCCUGGCCAUUCCUGAAGCCAUCUUCUCUGACCUCCAUACUUUCACCACCAGCCACACUAACGAGACAUUCGUGACCUGUGCACCCUACCCACACAAGGGGGCGCUGCACCCGAAAAUCCACUCCAUGGCCUUCUUCCUUGUCUUCUACGUAGUCCCUCUCUUCGUCAUAUCUGUCUACUACUGCUUCAUCGCUCGUAGUCUGGUCAGAAGCUCGGUGGACAUGCCUGCUGAGGGACACCCUCACAUCCAGAAGCAGAUCAAGUCCAGAAAACGCCUGGCCAAAACCGUGCUGGUCUUUGUCGGCUUGUUUGCCGUCUGCUGGCUGCCCAGUCAUGUGAUCUACCUGUACCGUUCCUUCCACUAUGAACACGUAGACACGUCGCUGGGCCACUUCAUUGCCAGUGUGUGUGCUCGCAUCCUGGCCUUUGCGAACUCGUGCGUAAACCCGUUUGCUCUUUACAUGAUGAGCAAAAGUUUCAGCAAACACUUCCACCAGCAGCUGUGCUGCACGUCGCCCAGACGGAUGAGGAGCCAGAACAGCGUGAGCACGAACGUAACAACUGUCUGAUGUAACUCACAGGUCUGAUUACUCUGAGGUUCUUGUUUCUCAU